AGUGUCAGUCCGCCGGUGCAGAGUCUGGGUCGUGUCAGAGCGCCGUGAACAUGUCGGUGGCCGUUUCGUCGUCGCGCCCGGAGCGCGAGGUGUUUACGACGCCGUCGGCAGACGGCCGGUCGCCAGUACGCGCCCAGCCGACGUGGGGUGCGGAGCGCGCCGAGAGCGCAGCGCAGCGAGCCACGCACGUGCACAGCGCCAGUGGUGACCGAGCGGCCGAGCUGGAGUCGGCCGACGCCGCGCUGGAGCUCGAACUGGACCGGCCGCUCAGCCAGAGUGCUGUCGGCGCGCCGGAGUCGCCCACCGACCACCUCAGCACCAUGAUCUCCGACAUGGAGCUGCCGAUGGCGCACGUGCCGCCCAGCUACAGCCCGCUGCCGGUGCACGGCGCGCCGCCGCACCAGCAGGGCGGCCACCAGGGCCACGCCGUGCACCAGGUGCCCGGCUACGGCUCCAUGUCCACCUCCGCCAGCGGCCUGCCGGGUCUGACCAGCGUCAACCCGCCCGUCUACACGCCCGUGCAGGUCUCCAACGCCAGCCUGCUCGGCUCGCCGCUGCUGGACGAGCAGUGUCUGUUCUCGGCGGCGGGCGGCGGCGGCGGAGGCGGCGGCGGCGGCCUGGCAGGGCUGGGCGGCGAGCAUGGCCAGUACAGCCUGCAUCCGGAGCUGCCCGACACCAAGGAGGGUAUCGAGGAACUGUGUCCCGUCUGCGGCGAUAAAGUCUCCGGGUAUCACUACGGACUGCUAACGUGCGAGUCCUGUAAGGGAUUCUUCAAGCGGACUGUGCAGAACAAAAAGGCGUACACGUGUGUGGCCGAUAAGAGUUGUCAGAUUGAUAAGAUGCAGCGCAAACGGUGCCCCUACUGCCGGUAUCAGAAGUGCAUUUCCGUCGGGAUGAAACUAGAAGCGGUGCGCCAGGACCGGAUGCGAGGCGGUCGCAACAAGUUCGGCCCCAUGUACAAACGGGACCGGGCGCGCAAGAUGCAGCAGAUCCGGCAGAUGCAGCUGAUGUCGCCGCAGCGGGUGAGCCUGCCGACAGUGGGUACCGAGGCGGUCACCAUCAGCUACGCCACGCCGACCACCUCGCUGCCGGUGUCGUACGGCGGCGGCGCCGGCGCCGGCAUCUCCAUCAAACAGGAGAUCCAGUACCCGGUGCUCAGCUCCACGUCCGCCUCGUCCCCCGACUCGUCGUGCUCGCCACUGCUCGGCGGCGCCGGCGGCGAGGCGUGGGCGGCCGGACGCGCUGGCGAUGUACCGCCCAUCGUGCGCGAGCUGGUCGCCUCGCUGGACGACCGCGACUGGCAACAGCAGCUGUUCAGCCUGCUGCAGACCCAGACGUAUAACCAGUGCGAGGUGGACCUGUUCGAGCUGCUCUGCAAGGUGCUGGACACCAACCUGUUCAGACAGGUGGACUGGGCGCGCAACUCCAUCUUCUUCAAGGACCUCCGGGUUGAGGACCAGAUGAAGCUGCUGCAGUCCACGUGGUCAGUGAUGCUCAUCCUGGACCACAUCCACCAGCGGCUGCACAACAACCUGCCCGACAGCACGGUCCUGCCCAACGGCCAGAAGUUCGACCUGCUCACCCUCAGCCUGUUCGGCAUGGCCGAGCUGCUGCCGCAGCUGCACGACAUCACCAGCCGGCUGCAGCAGAUCGGGUUCGAUGUCUCCGACUACAUCUGCCUCAAGUUCAUCGUAAUGCUCGACCCGAAUCUGCCGACUCUGAGCAACCGGCGACUGGUGCAGCAGGCACAGGAUCAGAUCAACCAGGCGCAUAUGGACUACUGCAGCGCAGCCCACCCCGACAUCCAGAGUAAACACCAGCGUCUAAUGGCCCUGCUGCCCGAGCUGCGGGAGCUGGCCCACAGAGGCGAGGACUACCUCUACCACAAGCACGACACCAACAGCGCCACAUCGCUUCUCAUCGAGAUGCUGCACGCCCGCCGAGCAGUCCUGGGACGAUCGCCCUCACACUGAACCUAGGCACGGCGAGUUGAGAAUUGUCAAGUACAAACGCCGAGGCUAGCGUCGCGUGGUGGCCGUUGAGCGAACCAGCGCUUACGACGACGGCCGCCGGCGGCGCUGCUGCAGUCUCACGUGUUCAUUGGACUCGGUCCUGGAUUGCGGGCCGGCCGGCGGGUGGGCCGGCUCGGCGACACUGUGACACCGACACCGUGUCAAACUGACACCGGUGUCUCACUGCGGGUAGCCCAUGGCGGGCGGACGGCCGGCCGCCGGGCUCCGCGCAGGCGCAGUAUUGUGAUGUGAUGCCACGCGUGCAACUAGAUAUUCUUUUUUUCGUGCCGCGGAGGCAGGCGAAUCAACUAAGAGCACAUGUGUGAUUCUCCUGCGUGCGUUUUGUAUGCGUCGGGAGUGUAGGUGUAAGCGGACGGUGUUCGUCCAAGUACGCUAGUUGUUGAUCAUGUGUACGUAAAUUCACCUCACCUACCUGAGAGUCUGGAACGCGCCGUUACGGAAAUCCGUAUUUUGCUACUGAAGGAACGCGAGUGACGGGAGCGCUGGACGCUACGGACUGCGGCGGCCGCCUACGGUGCUGCCAUCUGUGAAAGCUCUCAGCUAUGGUGCUGCCACCUGCAUGGGCUCAGCCCAGAGGCGCAGAUGGCCUGGGAUGGAACCACGCGCACCCUUGACGGACCUCGAAUGUUUCCAUAUUGUUACACACACAAUCGCGCAGAGGGCGUGCUAGACCCCGAGAGUUUGUGAGCGAGUGCGGUAGGAUGCGCGGAUAAUAGAGGGUUCGGGGGUGAAACUGUACCGCAGAGGUGGGCACCGGAACCCGAGGCGGGACGGGACCCCAGAUGGUGUCGGUGUAGUCAGUGCUAUUGCCCUGUGUUUGUAUGCCUGUGUGUCAGUGUUUGUGUGAGUGUCUGCAUGCACUUUGUGCUCGUGCGUAGCUUGUGUUUCUCUACCACUUUGUCGUCUACCUUUUCCCUGAGAAUCGGUGACAUCCGGGAACAUAGGGCAUUAAUAGUACUGUGCGUCCGCGCCUUCUGAGCGCGAGUCCUCGGUCCUGGUGGUGGCUGGUGUCUGUGUGACUGUGGGGUCGGCGCGGCUCGCUGUAGUGGCCUGGUGGCUGCCUGCGGGUGAAUGCGUGUGACUGACUGGGUGCGAAUGUGAGUGUUUAUUGUAAUAUUGCACAGUGUAGGCUGUUUGGGCACAGAAGUGAAGGGCGUAACGUAUGUUUUACGUCAAUAUGUUUUGAUCCGAUUCCGAGGGGAUAGCUUACCAAUUUCCAAACUUCCCUUCGAUAAAGAUAUUAAAAACACCUAAAAAUAUUUCUCUUCUCGUUGUUUCCCCUUCUUUGGGAAAUGAACUCUGUCCUAGAAAUCCGAUGACCAGUUGUGACAUCCGAUUAUGUCGUUUUGAAUUUCGAUUUUAUUGCCAGGGAGCACGAGACUGCCUUAGUAAUAUAAGCUUCGCUAGGUUCUAGUGUGCCCAAACAUUGCUUUGGAAUGAAUUAUGUGAGUUUGAUUGUUUGGUUUUACACCAUAAUACUACUUUUACUAUACACCAUACAUACUACAUAGCUUUUACUAUACAGGCGUCACUGCGAGUCGCGCUAAUUUUAGCCAGUACGUGCUAUGUGGUCUGACUAACAAUGUGUGUGGUUUAGUGCCCCUGUUCUGUGUCUUUCUCGGUCGUUUCGGUGUGACUGUGUCAUGCUGUACCGCCGACUGUCUAUCAUCUACUGUUUCCAUGUCCCCUGGGCGGCGCCCCGUGCGUUGUGUCCUACCAAUCCCCCUAGACUGCUGUGUUCAAUGGUAGGUUAGCUGCCCGACCUCUGCUCAGACGAGCCGUCACUGACGCCACAAGGCGCACCAGUGACGUGUUUUCGUCUGAUAGCAGUGGUCGGUCGAGUAGGCUCCGCUAGUCAGUGGCUAUUGGUUACUAGUCAGUCCCACACUGUGUUCGGUCUGCCCCCACCCCCUGACCCCCUGUCUCCCACCGUUUAGGGCCGUGGGCUCUCCCCCCCCCCCCAUUGGGUGAGCCAGCGGCGGUAGCUGGGUCGCCCUGUUUGUAUGUGUGUGUGUCCCCCCUACUGAUGGGUCCCGGUGUCCACCUCUGCGCUACAGUACCCCUCCGAGGGAGGCGGAAUGAUUGUGUGAGCGCGCGAAAGGAUGCGUCUGUCUGCUGUCUGCGGUAACUGCGCGCGGUGUCUGCGCGCGCGGCGGUGCACUAGCCUAGAGCACACAUUGUCUUAGUGGUUUGUCCGCGAGCGGCAGGCGAUUUACCGUGGUAGUCGUCGAAAUACAGCUAUAUCACCGAUCGUGAACA